UUUAUUUAUUUGUACUAGGAUUGAUAAUGAGUAAUGUGAGAAAUGGUUGAACUUUACUAAAAAAGUUUUUUAAAACUCUUUUGUGUAACUGUUACAGUGUGUAAAAAAUGAUGUGGUCACAAAGUUACUGUACCUGAUGAAGUGAUGAUUGUUUUGUCACCUCCGCUGCAAAUUGCAGCACUCUGCUACAUGUUCACAGCAACAAUCCUCGUUUUCGUCCUAGGCUGUUAUAUCUACUUCCUCCAAAGGAAUCGUAAACGUUGCACUUGUUCCCUCGCUGAGAAAGACGUCGAAAUGCGAAAAGCGCACCGAAAAAGCGAAAACAACGUUUACGAAGCGGACAGAAGCACAAAAGCUGAACACUCUUCCUCACUGCAUCAAGUCAGAAUGAGCGAAUACGUGUCCAUCACAAGCGAUUCGCAAAAAAGAAGUUCUCCUCCUCUCCCAACAAACGAUCGCACGGUGGUCGAAAUCGACGAUUCUGCCUAUUUUUUAAACGCGUAUGAAACUAUAGUUGAUUCAUUGUACAUUUCAUUGUGCAAAGUGCCCAAGUCGAAACAAGAUUUAUACGCGCGAUUUCUCAAUGAUUUGGCGAAAAAAAUCAAAAUGAAAGACAGUGCAGUUUAUGAUAAGUUGCAAAUGUGUGGGCUCUUAAAUGUGAAUCAUUACGAAGUUAUUAAUGAAAAUGAGCCAGGAUCGGAAUAUGAUUCAGACGAUUGUACUUAUGUGAAAUAUGUGCCUUCAGAAAGUGUGAAACAAUCAUUAAUGCGUGCGCAAGCAUUGCACAGGACACAGUGCCCUAAACAUGUGUAUGGUCCUAACGAGCGGUUGAGAAAUUGUCUAAAGGAACAGAAAGAUGCCAAAAACAUGUCGCGGAGCGAAAAACCUCCAAUUCCACCAAAAAAGGUCAGAUUAAGGAAAAAUUCCGAGGAGGAUGUGAUCUAGAAGGAGGCGAAAAUAACUCGAGUGAAAAAAAGAUUGCAAACUGUCUCGGUUUAAAAUUGUUUGAGAAAAAUUGAAUUUUCAUGACAAACAUUUGAAAAAGUGUUGAAAGGUCUAAGUUUCUUUUAAUGCUGCGAGUUCGAAAAAUGUAUUGAAGAGAAUUAAAUUACCUUCAAAAGGCUUAUUUUCUAAAAUUCUAAGUCCGAUCCUGUCUAACUACCGUUUUGAGAUAAGCGCUUCAAAAUAAUCUACCUCAUUAAUCAUUAUUCUGGAUACCAGAUUUUCAAUAAUUAUUGUUGCUAUUGUUAUUGUAUCUUCGUUAUCAUCAACAUUUUACUACGGUGUUUUAGGCUAAAACUCUUAAGAACAAUGCAUGCUAGCACCUCUUAAAAAGAA